AUGUCCAAUAACUACUAUCAGCAAUACUACAACCAACAAGCGGGCCCAUCGGCUGCAGCCGAUGUUAACCCGUACCACCAACCGUAUGCCGGACCGACAUAUGCCAAUCCCUCCUCCUCCUCGCACAGUGCUCCUGUCCCCGCAAACGCCUACGAGUACGACGUCGGCAUUCUCGCGCAGCAGAGCGCAUAUGUCCCUGGAGCGAUGCAGGAUAAACGUGGGGGUACUGGAGGCAAGCUGGCCAAAGGCGGAAAGCGCGUCACUGUUUUGCGUAAAGGCGGUGGCAAGACAUGGGAGGACCAGACGCUUUUGGAAUGGAAUCCUUCAUGGUUCAGGCUGUUUGUGGGCGAUCUGAGUAACGAUGUAUCGGAUGAUGUCCUGUCAAACGCCUUCAACAAGUACACGUCAUUCCAGAAGGCCCGUGUCAUCCGGGAUAGGCUGAGUCAGAAGGCUAAGUACGGGUUUGUGGCAUUUUCUGACCCAGAGGACUUCCUGAAGGCGUGGAAGGAAAUGGAUGGCAAGUACGUUGGUAACCGCCCCAUCCGACUCAAGAAAGCCGACUCAACUGCUAUCCGCCCUGUCGAGAUAGGACAUCGCAAGGCAAAGGCAUUGGAGAUGGAUCUCAAGAAGCACCGCAAGAAGCCCUACUAA